GAAAAAAAUGGGUAACUGAAUGAAACUGAAAAGAGAAAGAUGGCUUGCUUAUUAUAGGUAGCCAAGCUGGCAGAUCAAGGACACUGGCAUAGUGCCAGAUGGACAUCCUAUAAUUGAGCCUGUCAAAGGAUUCAGCACAUAAUCCGGGCGAGCUAUCCUCCCCUCCAUCUCUACCCCAUUUGGUGGAAAUUUCACCAAGCUAUGUUUCCCUCUACUCAUCAGCAUUGAUUCUUCAUGAUCAUGAAUGCAUCAACGUUAAUGGAUGGAAUCUCUUCUUCUUUUCCUUCCACUUAGAGGGAGAGACAGAUAGCAGCCAAAUAAAUAAUGUUGCAGAGAGCAGCAAGCAAUGCAUAUUCAUGGUGGUGGGCAAGCCACAUCAGGACAAAGCAGUCAAAAUGGCUGGAACAGAACCUUCAAGAUAUGGAGGAGAAGGUGAGUAGCAUGCUCACAAUCAUUGACGACGAUGGAGACUCCUUUGCACAGAGGGCAGAAAUGUAUUACAGGAGGAGACCAGAACUUGUAAACAUCGUGGAAGAAUCUUAUCGAGCAUACCGAGCUUUAGCUGAAAGAUAUGAUCACUUAUCAAAAGACCUGCAAAGUGCCAACCGCACUAUUGCCUCUGUCUUCCCUGAACAAGUUCCAUUUGCCAUGGAUGAAGAAGAUGAAGAAAAUGUUAGCCAAACAUCAACUUCUUCCCCUUGUGCUGACAAACCAAGUAUCCCAAAACCAAGCGUUCCAAAAGCUCCAUUUCUGAAGAAAGAUUUCAGGAGCCAGUCUGUCUUGUUGUUGCGAAAGGGACAACUCAAGAGAGCUUCUAGCUCAGCUAAAGCUGCUGCAUUUCCAAGUUCAGGGCUGAGCAAAAAUGAGGCACUAGAUGAAAUAGACAAUCUUCAGAAGGAAAUUUUAGAAUUGCAAACUGAAAGGGAGUUUGUGAAAAGCUCGUAUGAACACGGAUAUAAAAAAUUCUGUGAAAUUGAACACCAGAUAACUGAAAAGCAAAAGAGAGUUUGCAAUUUACAGGAUGAGUUUGGCAUUGGCUCCGUUAUUGAUGAUAAUGAAGCUAGGGCUCUGAUGGCAGCUAGAGCUCUCAAGUCAUGCCAAGAGACCUUGGCUAAGUUGAAAGAAAAACAUGAGCAGUCAACUGAAGAGGCAAGAGUAGAAUCCCGAAGGAUUAAGAAGGCAAAUCAGAAGUUUGAAGCUCUCAGGAAUAAAUUUAACUCCCCACAAACAAAUCAGCAAGAGAAGCAUAAGUGCGUGAGUCCAACUACGGAGUUUGAUAACAUGGUCUACGAUAUUGAAAGUGAGGAAAAAGAGAGACAAGAUUUGGAAGCAUUGCGAAAGGAGAUCGAAGAGCAGCUUGAAGUAAGCUCAAAUGGCUCUUUCACAGUUUCACAGCUUGCGGAGAAAAUUGAUGACCUUGUGCAGAGAGUUGUUAAUUUGGAAACUGCAGUCUUUUCUGAAAAUGCUUUGGUAAUGAGAUUAAGAUCAGAAACAGAUGAGCUCCAGUUCCACGUUAAGAGCCUGGAAGAAGACAAGGAAGCUCUGAUUGAAGAGAAGAAAAACCGAGACGGUUUCUUCGAAUUGGCAUUGCAGAUAAGGGAACUGAAGAAUGCUGUGGCCUCCAGAGAUGGAGAGAUUCAAUCUUUGCGUCAAAAAAUGAGCUUUCCAGAUCAAAACAAGGAUGGGAACUUUGUAGAACUUGAAGGACCCCGUCUAAGCGCAAGCCAAGAAUCUACAGUGACCGAAUCUAUUCAGGCAUGGCCAGUAGUCGUAGGUCAGGGGAAAGUUGAAUCCGAGGAAAAAGUAGUCGAAGCAACUGCACAUGGAAGAUUCGAAGAAUCUCCCAAGACAAUGGGAGAAAUUCUUAUGCAGGUAAAACCUGUAAGCCAACCCCGUCAUGUUUUAACCGUAGAAGAAAAAAUCCGAUCAGAUAUUGAUGACUUGCUGGAGGAAAAUCUAGAGUUCUGGUUGAGGUUCAGCACAUCUUUUCAUCAGAUUCAAAAAUACCAAACUUCAGUCCAGGACUUGAAAGCAGAGUUAUCAACACUGAGAGGAAAAAUGAAGCAAGAAGGAAGUGGAAAGCAGCAUCAAUCUCUCAAAUCCGAAGCACGCCCCAUUUAUUCUCACUUGAGAGAAGUAAAAACUGAAUUAACAUUAUGGUUGGAAAACAAUGCAGUUUUGAAGGACGAAGUGCAAGGCAGAUAUUCCUCCUUGUGCAACAUCCAAGAAGAGAUUGCAAGAGUGACCAAUGCUAGUGGCCAUGCAGGAGAGACUGAACUCAGUGGAUAUCAGGCUGCAAAGUUUCAAGGUGAGGUUCUCAACAUGAAACAGGAAAACAACAAGGUUGCUGAUGAAUUGAAAGCAGGCUUUGAUCGUGUGAGACAACUCAAGCUUGAAGUUGAGAAAGUAAUGGCGAAUUUGGAAAGGGAACUUGGGGUGUCAGCAUCAACAGCUCAAAAUCCCGUGUCGAGAACUGGGAAGCCUAGAAUUCCUUUGCGUUCUUUCUUAUUUGGAAUCAAGCUAAAGAACAAGAGGCAGCUAAAGGGUUCAUCAAUGUUUGCAUGCGGGCAUCCAACAUUGCAGAAACAGCUCAGUUUCCUAUCAGAACCUACUGAGCCCUCACGAUGAAC